AUGUUCUUCACCAAAUUUAUCGCUGCCUCGGUCGUUGUCGUCGGUCUGUCCUCGUCCGCUUACGCACAUGCUGCCGCCCACCCUGCUAUGGGCAUCAAGGAGCCCUUGAAACGCCCCGAUGUCAGACGCCCCGAUGCCAAGAACCCUUGUGGUACUGGCGUUGAUAUCGCUGCCAACUUGGAGAAGGCAGAAACCAUUCAAGUUGCUGCUGACGGCACCUUCUCUGUAGUAGUGGAGAAUUACAAUGGGGGAAUCGACGGAUCCAGACAGUUCACGCUCAAGGUCGAUGCCACUGGUACGGGCAAGUCGUUCCAGGCCGGCACAAUCACGAAGAACGGCCUGAAAGUCACGUACAAGAACGAGAAGGAGACGAUUCAAGCUAAGCUACCCGCAGGCAUGAUCUGUCAAGGCGGACAAGCAGCCAACCUGUGCCUCGCGCAGUUCACCAAUGCUGCCUACCAGAAGUUCGGUAAUUGUGUUGUUCUCCAGCAAGGAAGCAGCUCUGUUGCUACGUCUAGCUCGUCUAGCAGCUCAUCCUCCGCAAACAACAGCAACUCGGCAUCGAGCAACGCGAACAGUUCCUCUACAUCUAACGAGUCUGUCACAAAAGGCGCCAAUGGAGCGGUCAAUGUAAAUAAAUCCGCGUCCUCCGCCUCCGCAGACUCCAAGAGUGCCGCAAGCUCCGCUUCUGCUGCCAACGCCAACGCUGCCAACUCGAGCACGGUGAAGACGUCCGUCAAUGGCAAUGGCGCAGUGUUCACAUCAUCUGUCACUGGUGCUAACUCGGACUCCAGCACAUCUUCCUCUGCUGCUGCCUCUAACUCGGCCAACACUGCCAACUCUGACACCAAGGUCGUUUCAUCCACCAACCCCCAUACCGGCGCGACCACCUCAUCUACUGUCAAGUCCAACUCUGCAUCUUCCAUUGCCGCAGAAUCUGCCUCGAGCGCUGCUUCUGCGGACAAGAGUUCUUCGUCAGCCGCUGUGACCUCUUUCGUGGAUCCCAAGACGGGCAAGUCGACCAGCUCCACGGUGAAGUCGAGCAACAACUCCUCAUCGUCCUCGAGCUCUUCCUCGUCUUCCUCGUCUUCGAAUACCUCCAACUCUUCGAGCUCUGUUGUGUCAUCCAACGGUGGACAGACCACUACCAAGCACCGCCGUGCCUAUGGCUCCCGCCUCGCCCGUGCCCUCCUUGCCGAGGACGCCGAUGCUGAUAAGGAGGAGGUCGUAGAGGAGGUCAUCGAAGUAGUCCGCCGAUCCUUGAUCAACUGGAUCUGGGCCUAA